AUGUUCGCAAGGUCCAGCCUGCGCUCGACGCGCGCUUUCGCUGGAGUACGAAAUGGCGCCCUGAAUAUUUCAAAGCGCGCUGCCUCGACCUCGAGCUCCGGAGCUGCUGCCGAGACUCCCAUUCGGCUCAACGUUGCCGCGGCUGCCUCGACCGCCGUCGCGAUCGGAUCGAUCGCAUGGUACUACCAUCUCUACGGCCCCGUAGCUCAUGCUAUGACUCCAGCUGAGGAAGGUCUUCACGCUACCAAGUACCCGUGGGUUCACCAGCAAUGGCUCAAGACCUACGACCACCAGGCACUCCGCCGAGGUUUCCAGGUCUACCGUGAGGUCUGCGCCUCCUGCCACUCUCUGAGCCGUAUCCCCUACCGAACACUCGUCGGUGCCGUCCUCACCGUCGAUGAGGCCAAGGCCCUCGCUGAGGAGAACGAGUACGAUACGGAGCCCAACGACCAGGGCGAGAUCGAGAAGCGCCCCGGUAAACUGUCCGACUACCUCCCUGCUCCCUACCCGAACGACGAGGCUGCUCGCUUUGCCAACAACGGUGCUCUGCCCCCAGACCUAAGUCUGAUCGUCAAGGCUCGCCACGGUGGCUGCGACUACAUCUUCAGCCUUCUGACUGGGUACCCUGAGGAGCCCCCUGCGGGUGCUCAGGUUGGCGCUGGCCUCAACUUCAACCCUUACUUCCCCGGUACCGGUAUUGCCAUGGCUCGUGUUCUCUACGACGGCCUGGUCGAGUACGAGGACGAGACGCCGGCUUCGACUUCGCAGAUGGCCAAGGAUGUUGUUGAGUUCCUGAACUGGGCCGCCGAGCCCGAGAUGGACGACCGCAAGCGCAUGGGUAUGAAGGUCCUGGUUGUUACCUCGGUUCUGUUUGCUCUCAGCGUCUGGGUCAAGCGGUACAAGUGGGCCAACCUGAAGGCGAGGAAGAUCGCCUACGACCCGCCCAAGGCCGAUGCUACUCGUCACUAA